UGCGUGCUGGUGGGGUGCUACCCUCUAUAAAUCUAAACGACCCCACUUGUGAGUUCUUUCCUUAGAUUGGGUUCGCGUUUAGGUAUUCAGAUAUUGCUGGAAGAGGAACCAUUGCUGCUCUCAUCUUGCUUGCACAAACUGAAGUAAAAUUUUCAACAUCAUGACCUCAAUGGAGGAAUCAUGGACUAGUUGGCUCUGUGAUAUGGAGCCAGAUGAUUACAGUUUCAUCGGUCAAUCAGACAUAAAGGUGGAGGAUGUGAAUGGAAGUUUAGCAUCUCCAUGUGAUAUAGCCACUGCAUUAGAAGAGAACCCGCAGAGCUCAUUUUCCACUGAGAGUCACUCUGAGAGUGGCAUAGAAGAGAGGCCUUUGAAGUUGCUCAAGACAUGCACUUCAAACUCUGCCAAAACAGACCAACUCUCACAAAUGAAAGCUUCCAUACCCUGCUCCUAUAUUCUUUCCUUUGACAACACCAAUCCACCAACAACAAAGGUUGAAUCGGCUAUAAAGCCAGAAACCAAGGUUGCGAAUCGUGGGAUAUCUCUGCCUUCGAAGAAUGAACCAAAACGUGUUACUCAGGAGAGCAAGAAAACGGGCUCAUCAGCCAGAUCUUCUCAUCACACACAAGAUCACAUAAUCGCGGAGAGAAUGAGGAGAGAAAAGAUUAGCCAGCAGUUCAUAGCCCUCUCAUCCCUUAUUCCAGACCUCAAAAAGAUGGACAAGGUGUCUGUAUUGGUGGAAGCUAUAAGGUACGUGAAGGAGCUGAAGGAAAAAGUGAAAGUGAUGGAGGAACAGGGCAAAAGGAAAAGGCAGGAACCGGUGACGCGUGGGAAGAAAGCUCAGGAGGACGAGGAUGUCUCAGACACUUCAUCAAAUUCCUGUGAGUUCGGAAAUUCUGAAGAUCCCUCAUCCAAAAUAAAUCUUUUACUGCCAGAAGUCGAAGCAAGGGUGUCAAAGAGGAACGUGCUGAUUCGAAUCCUCUGCGAGAAAGAAAAGGUAGUGCUGGCCAACAUUUUUAGAGAGAUAGAGAAACUUCAUCUCUCAGUCAUCAAUAGCAGCGCCUUAUCUUUCGGUUCCUCUGUUCUCGACACAACCAUCGUGGCCGAGAUGGAGGAUGAAUUCAACAUGAGCGUGAAGGAACUGGCAGGAAAUCUGAGAGUACGACUGAUGCAGUUUAUGUAGAGGAUGCAGAAGACUGAGAUGCAAUAAAGACCAUGAAUUCAGUGUAUUAAAUAUCGUAGUAAAUCUAAUCUUUGUUGUUUGCUUCAUAUGUAGAACUUAGAAGUAGAAGAAAACUAGAAAUAGUUGCUACA